AUGCGGGAUACCGUCCUGUGCUGCCUCAAAGUUCCGAAAGAACAGUUCGACACCCGCAAAUGGCUUUCCCUUCCCGGAGCCUGCCAGCAGCCGCUCCCGCCAUACCUAGAAGAGAACAGAGACUUCCUAGACGAGUUUAAAAGGGAGUGUGCGGCUCUGGGAUGCCGGGUGCUCGGAUGCCUCGCUAGGGCAUGGGGCUUGGAGGAAGAGUUCUUCGUCGGACAACAUAGGUAUGAUGAACCGAGCAUGGACAACUUCCAGCUGAUGCACUACGUGCCCUACACUCCCGAGUACGCGGAAAAAGACGUCUUCCGGCUCGGCGCACACACGGAUUGGGGCUCUCUUACGCUCCUCUUCCAGCCCUCUCCCGGGCUUCAAGUCCGCCCCCCGCACUACGCGCACCAUCUCCCUCCCUCCGCUGGCGAGCAAGGAUCGACGCUCCUGUAG